AUGACCAUUGCGACCCUGGUGUGUCUGGUUCCUAAGCUCCAAACUCCAAUGUAUUUCUUUUUGAGUAAUCUUGCUGUUGUAGAUGUUAUGUAUGUCUCUGUUACAUUGCCAAAACUGAUCUCUAUACUCAUGACACAGGACAACCGGAUGUCUUUCUCGGCCUGUAUGACUCAGGUGUAUUUCUUCUCAUUGUCGGCUGCAGGGGACAUUUAUGUGCUGACCUCCAUGUCCUAUGACCGAUACGUAGCAAUCUGUAAGCCAUUACAAUAUUCCUUAUUCAUGAGUAAAGGUGUAUGCAUUGCAUUGGCUUUGGGUUCCUGGCUUGUAUCUGGUAUUAAUGCGAUAAUUAAUGUGUUAAUUACAUCUCUGUUAUCCUUCUGUUCCACGCAAAAUGUUAACCAUUUCUUUUGUGAGCAGAGAACAUUGUAUGCCGUUACCUCUAGUGAUACUACAAGCAGAGACAUACUUCUGGUGUUUCAGAACAUGUAUGUGGCGGCUUUACCUUUUUUGUUUAUUAUAACCUCCUAUGUGUUCAUCAUCUCCGCCAUACUGCAUAUUCAAACCUCAGAGGGGCGACGCAAAGCUUUUUCUAGCUGCUCCUCCCACCUCAUCACGGUGAUCAUAUUCUUCGGUCCAAUCAUUAUAUUGUACACUAAACCAAAAUCUGAACAUUCCAAAGAGAUGGACAAUUUGUUUUCAAUUCUGUAUACGGCGGUGGUUCCAAUGCUUAACCCAUUUGUCUACACUUUGAGGAACAAAGAUAUAUUAGAAGCCAUGACUAAUUUAGCAAGAACAACAAUCUCAUUUUUGAUGGAAUAA